AUGCCACGUAAGUUGGUACCAGUUUCAACAAUUGAUCCUGAUACUGGUCAUAUUAUUAUGCGACGAUCCCAUCCAUGGAUUAACAAUUUUAAUGAAUACCUCAUUGUAGCCUGUCGAUCCAACAUGGAUAUUAAAUUUAUUUGGGGUGGUAGCGAUGCAAAAGCUCUUGUUUAUUAUAUUACCGAUUAUGUAACAAAAAUGAGCCUUUCUUUUCAUGAUACAUUUGCUCUUGUACAAAAAAGCAUUACAUCGUUCAAAAAUUUAUUAGAUCACACAGACAGGGAAAGUGCAAUUGAAAGAUCACGUAAACUGGUUUUACGUUGUUACAACACACUUGCUUCUCAACAAGAACUGUCUGGAGUUCAAGUUGCCUCUUAUCUUAUGAACUGGGAUGAUCAUUACACAACGUACAAGUUUCAAGGUCUUUAUUUAAUACAAACUGAGCGACUUUUACAAACUGUAUUGAAUGAAAUACGUACCAAGCAAAACUUGGAACUUGCAUCACAUGGUGAGUAUCGCAAUAUUUGAUUUCGGGUUUUAAAAUUAUGUAUAUUACAUUAAAUUGUAUUAGUAAACUGUCAAUACUAUUUAAACCGAGUAUUGAAGAAAAAAUAAUCUUUGUUUCUCAUGCGAAAGAAUAAAACAGAAAAGAUCAACCGAAUUUUUAUAUUAUAAUUAAAUUAAAACUAAUAUAUUAUCUUCUCUAUGUAGAUAUGCUUGACGAUGAUGUAUUUGAUGAUGGAAUAAUCGACGAGGAAAAUAAUGAUGAAGAACACUUUCAAAUUCAAUCAUCUGAAAAUGACAAAAAAUUUGUACUUGUUAAUACAAGAAUUGAUUACCAAUAUCGCUCAGACACUCUCAACAACAUAUGUUUAUAUGAUUUUGUUAGUACAUUAUAUAAAAAAAAAUGAAUGCAACAGAUAUGAAAUAUUUAUCCAAGACUGCU